UGAUUAAAUCGAUGAUGAAAACAUUCCGUGGUUAUAUGAAGCUAGAUUAAUAAGUUUUGUUCAAGUUGUUGUCAUGCAUUUUAUUCUGGAGAUAAUAUUAGGUAUUUUAGUUUUUUAAUAGUAAUGCUCCUCGCUAGACAGUAACGAACGCCUUAUAUCACCAAAGGCCGACGGUACUCGAACAUCUUGGAACAGUCCUUACGAUUUUAAUAUGUCUGGGAAAACAAGAAGCUUAUUUGGAACAGCUUUCAAGCACUUCUUAAAUUCAUUAAAGCCCCGUCAGACUGCUAGAGUAUAUGUUGGUGAUGAUUACCAUGGCAACAAAUACUAUGAAAUUCCAGCAGAUCCCAGCAGAGGGAAGAGGCAUCCCCAAAGAUGGUAUGUUCCACCAGUAGAUAUGAGAUAUGACCAAGAGCACAUGCCAGCUGAGUGGGAUGCAUGGCUAAGAAACCGUCGCCCAGAACCACCAGGAGAAUCAGAACUAAGAGAAAAUCUAACAAUUGCCACGAUGAAGAAACAAAAUGCUGACAAACUUGAAGAGAAAUAUAUCAAGAAACCUGAUUCAACUACAAAGGAGUCGGCCAAGCCAUCGUACCCAGUAUAUGAUGAUUAUGAAACAACUCCUGGCGAAGGAAUUAAACAGAAUUGAAUUUUGUUGACUCAUAUAUUUAACCUUUUAUAUUUUUGUUGUUAUUAAAGGAAGAAAUUACAAACUUAACCCUCUCACUACCAGACCAAGCAGGAAAGUUUCUCAUCAUUCCCCACCUGGCAAAAGUUUCGUCUUCCAACGAGUUAUAUGUUAUGGUACGUGGCGAUACAUGUAAGGUAUUGAAGCUUAAUGAGCAACCACCUUAUACUGUACCUCUGAACACGCAAAAGCUUGUGGUAUGCAAUAUCCUGGACUUUACAGUGUAAUUUAUCAUGUGACUUGCAACUCCAUUCUUUCUUAUAAUUAUACAGUAAUGUAGUGAUAUCUCCAUUAGCUGAAACAAUUGGAGCAGAACACUUCCGGGAAUGAGAGAUUUCUGGGUAACGAGACGACUCUCUUAAACCCGGAAAAAAUUCCCUCAUCCCCGUUAUUUUCCGGGUAAUGAAAAAUGUUCUUGGAAGUUCCAGAGAAUGUACCCGAUUUUCCUCUCUCAAACCAGGAAAAAACUCUCCCGUCCCCACAAUUUUCCGGGUACCGGGAUUAUUUAUUUUAUCUGAAUUUUCCGGAAAAUGUGCCUCUCGGAGAGUUCCGGGUUUGGGGGAUUCCGGCUAACGGAGAUAUUACUUAUAAACUGUAUAACUGGGAGAUUCACCAAUAUUCUGGGGUAGAAACAAGACAAUUUUAUUCUUUGCUUAUUUUCUUAUCCUUGGUUUUUAUUGUAUUAAAUAUUGUAGUGUACAUUUUGUAAAAAAAAAAAAAAAAAAUUCUGGCUUACUGAUAGUUUAACAGAAAACUAUGUACUGUACUGUAUACCUAUGGAUUGUUUCAAAUAAUGAAUUCUUUGUAAAUAUAUUUAAUUAUAUAAACGUAGUCCUCAUAAAAUUUAAUACUAUUGUAAAAU